GAACAAUCUUAACUCUAGUCAGAACUGCUGUAUUUUCAAACUCUGGCCGCUACUACGUCACCAUCACUAACACGAAAUAGUAACAGUGUCGGUACCAUAUUUAAUAAACCGUAGUUUGUUGAACAAGCCUGUUUGCUUCAAAGCCGAAAAAUAUCAACAGAAAUGAUUGCUACGCAUUCUUGCUCGAUACGUCUAGGCCGCGUGGCCGCCAGAAAGCUAACGACGAAUAACAUACAACGAGUCCCAUGCGCAUUGUUGGGAUCGUUUGCGCCGGGAUCGGCGUCAUUGCCAUCGUCGCCAUCUCGCCUCUGCGAAAGGAGGCUGCACACAUACCAGCCCAUGGAUGAUCUGUUCCAGUCUUCGAAAGACCAAGGGCACGUCGUUAUCGGACAAGACUUUGUCGGCAAGAMAGCAAGCAUCAGACGGGUCUUCGGACCUGGAGCAAACGCCCAGGCAUUGCUAACCUGUGGCGGAGAAGAAUUGGCACAAAAUGCUUCCUUUGAUCCGAAUUACGAGAUGUCCAAGGACUGGAUUAGAUCGCGGGCAGUAGGACCAGCAGUCUUGUCGUCGACCCUUAUUUCCGGACUUGUUGGGGCCUUGAUCGAAGCGAGCUUUCCCCAAACUGUGCCACAGAAUGCUUCGCUCAGUUUUCUCCGGCCGUUGAUUGUUGGCAUGGAAGUUGCGGCCUCAAUCCAGGUGGAAUCGAUCAGCGAAUCGAAACGGGACGACAAAACAACCAGUGGGGCAGCGAACGGAUCCGCCGAGAAAGGCUACGAAAUUCUACUGUCAACCCGGGUGAUUCGUGUACAGGACGACGCCGUUAUUGCCGAAGGUUACAGCACGGUCUGGAUUCCUGGUUGUUUGUAGCGCAAUAGAGCAGCAUGAUGAUGUGCCUUGUACAUUCUUUAACAGCCUGUAAUUUUUAAAAUUUUAUUUUGUCAAACGCAAACGAAUGAGCGCCAGCAAACUAUAACUCUCUUUGUUAUUUGCUGCGUCGUUGAUGAUGGUACCAAUGCUUUGCGUCGCGCCUCGUAUUGUGUGACUGUUGAAACUCGCUAUGAAAAGUCUACGGCAUCUUCAAACAACCAAAGUUCACUGAACUGCGUGGAAUUUCUUCUCUAUAAUUAUUUGUAUAUUAUGGUGUUUAUUUUCGUUGUUGUCAAGCACCGGCAAGGAUGGCAAGUUGAUACAGUCGGAAUCAUAACUUGAGUUUGCUGUUUCCAAUAAUGRCAGGCACAAAGA